AUGGCCGACGAAGCCACCACCAUCACACUUCGCCAGCUUCUUACGCAAAAAAAGCCAGACACACUUAACGCUAGCUACGGCUAUGUUCUCGAUUGCCCUAUUUUGGAGCCUCUCGACGUGCUUCCCUCACUUAAAGAGACAUUCUCCGGCCUUGCAGUUAAGAUAGACCUAGAUAUUAAUCAUCUGAUUGGCUGGAAUGCUGCCAUGGUGAAGGCGACUUUCGACUUCUCCCGGUCUCGACUUCAUCUUAAUGAUGAAUCCGCUCUGGAACUCGUAACUACGCUGCGGGAGGGUCAAGAGGCUUCCAAGGAGCUUCUCUGGCCAGCGAGGCAGCUCCUAGCAAUCUGUAAGGUCGCUGGAACACGAUACGGCUACAUCCAGACGGAUAUGGAGCUUGUGGUUUGCCGCUUCACCAAGAAUGUAGAUGAAGAGUGGAAGGUGGCAAUGAUGCCAAUCCCAGUGACUACUUCUGGAGCGGGUGCUCUUACGGCUGAUCUAGCUCUCUGGUGGAUUUGCAUGCUAGCUAUAUCGUCGCCUACAAGCUCUGCCAUUGUGCCGGAGGGAGAAGUCGUCGAGAUUGAUCGGUGGAAUGUAUCGGGAGAGCACCUGGGAUUCAGGACUGGUUGCCAUGUGUACUCAAACUACACGGCCCCCUGGUUGGAGCCCUACGAGGAUUUCCCUUCCCAGACCCAGGCGAAUCCCGACAAUGUGGCCAGUGGUGUCGACUCUACCGAUUUGACCACCGGUGUCAACUUUGCCGAUUUCACUACCGGUGUUAACUUUGCUAAUGUAGCCACUUCUGUCAACCCCGAGGGACUCGAGCUCCAAGAAUUGUCCCCAUUGAGCCAGGUUUUUGAGUUCAACGAGGGUUCGAGCCAGGUCCAGAAGUAG